AUGCGCUCUUGUGUUUUAGAUGACGAUCAAAAGCCACCGAAUGAUCCUGAUGAGGAUGCAGCUGCUCGUAUGCGACUUAAGCGAAAGCUCCAACGAAAUCGCACGUCCUUCAGCCAGGAACAGAUCGAAGCACUUGAAAAAGAAUUUGAGCGCACUCAUUAUCCGGACGUUUUUGCUCGCGAGCGGCUUGCUCAAAAAAUCGGCCUUCCUGAAGCAAGGAUACAGGUUUGGUUUUCGAAUCGACGAGCAAAGUGGAGGCGGGAAGAGAAGUUGCGAAAUAAGCGACCCGGCGGUCUAAUGGAUACGUCCAUGUCGAACGGCACACCAACACCAACGGGUUCGGGACCCGGUAGCGCCAUUGAUGGCUCUCCAGCACCUCCAGCCAGUCGUUUUCCACCAAACCCGACGGCGGUCAGCGCCAGUUUCGUAUCACCUGCCGGACAAAUGUAUACCGGUCUAGCACCCCAAGCUAUGGAUCCAUAUGCAUUUGGAUUCGCCAACGCUGGUCUAGGAAUGGCAUCGUAUCAGCCGACUGCUGACUUUAGUUCACAUCAUAUGUUCAAUGCAAGUACACGAUCACCGUAUGACGCAUUCCAUCCGUACGCAAGAGCAAUGCCCACAAGUGGUGGUCCGUCAUUCCAGUCAUCGAUGAAUCCAGCGACGACAUCCGUCGGAGGUACGUAG